AUGCAGCAAAUCUUCUCUUACACUUUCUCCAGCGCCCUUCCAAGCCAAGGCUGGCAAAAUUCUCAUCAUGGAUUCCCCUUCUACCCGCCAGGCCCCCAAGCAUCCAUCUCAACAAACAUCCUGGUGCAUGGGAAGAGAAUGUGGAACGAUAACGACAGCAAUACAUCUCUGCGUUCUAGCAUCGUCAGAGAGCUAGGAAUGAACGGCAUCAACUGGGUAGCGAUCGAUGUCCUUCGCAUUGGAUAUAGCGAGAUUGGCGACUUCCCGGUAGUCGUCUUUAUUUCAGUCCAGCCCGGAUCAACCAGUCGUCUUAUAGGCAACCUUGCUGCGAUUGAGUGCCGCGGCAUCAUCGUGGAGUUUGGAAUCACUGACAUUCACGUCGAGAUCAAGGAAUCAUGCCUAGUCCGUCUUGCAGGCACGCAGGAGUUCACACAACUUAUCUCAGGACCCAUCCAACGCUCAGACGAUGACAGCUCCUACAUAUGCAACAUCUCUGACCAGCUAGGUGUAUGCAUCGCAUCGGAGAAGUCGCCACGCAAGGAAGGCACCAAGGGACUGUACAUCAUGGCUGCCAGCAAGGGCUCAAAAAUAUCUAUGCAUCUUCUCCUGCCGGCACCGGUCCCGAUUCUACAGCCAGGAAACAAGACCCUUGAGACGACCAUGAAUACGUUGAGAAAGGGAUCAAUAGCUUUCGAGGAUAUGAUCAGCAAACUGAAGCUAAAGGACAACAUGGAUCCCGAUGUUCAGCAGCAACGUAUUGGCGACUUCGAAUCGAGCGCACUCCUCACCGGAAGCAGGCUGAACAAGUACGAGCCGCGUCAGUCGAUGGAAUCACGACGGAUUGGUUGGGUAUCCCACUCGCGAGCGCUCACAUCCCAGAGACACGAGCAGUACGACUUCAUCGCCGACUGGGCUCUCAUCGCCCUCGAUGGGACCAAACAUCCAAAGGAUAUGCAUCGGCUGCGAAAUCAGUUGUACGUGGGUACUAACGCCGAGCUGAGCGACGAGCUACGCAACACGCCGGGAGGCUUCGUGCAUCCCCCUCUUAACCAAGGCACCUUGACUUUGGAUGGAGUAGUGCCUCUGUCAGAGAUCCUCCAAUCGGAAGCCGGUUCCUUGAUAGUCGGCAAGGUGGGACGCACCAGCGGGCACACUUGGGGCGUUAUAAACACCGUCAAAUCAGUCAUCAGGCGAAUCACAUUGGCAGAUCAAGCAUCCAACGCAUCAGAGCAUCUCGUCAGCGAGAUUUGCGUGGUCGGUGCUAAAGAGCACACGGCUUUCAGCCGUGUAGGGGAUUCUGGAGCUUGUGUCUGGGACGCCACAGGUCGAGUUGCUGGGAUGCUUGUCGGCGGGUUGGGUGCAGAUGAUGAAGGCAGCAGUGGCAUAGACGUGACGUACAUUACCCCGAUCAGCUGGAUACUUGGAGAUAUGGAAAAGUUCGGGCUGGAUGUCACUAUCGCUUAG